AUGAUGAUUUCUCACCCUCGGAUAGCUGCCACUUCUACCUUGCUGUUAUCUCGCCUGUCUAACUUUCCAUUAAGUGCAAAUAAAUCCUCUUUAACAAUUCCGAUCCCAAUCCCAAACCCAGACCCCUUUUUUCUCCAUUACAAAACUAAGAAUCCAAAUCGACUAAGACUGUUUUCAAUGGCAUCGGAAGCGAAGGAAUCAGCUUCUAACAAUCCAGGUCUUUACACCACUCCUGAUGAAGCCACUAAAGGAUACAUCAUGCAACAAACUAUGUUUCGAAUUAAGGAUCCUAAAGUCAGUCUCGACUUCUAUUCUCGUGUUUUGGGCAUGUCGUUGCUAAAAAGACUGGAUUUUCCGGAGAUGAAGUUUAGCUUGUACUUUUUGGGCUAUGAGGAUCCUGCAUCAGCUCCAACUGAGCCAGUUGAAAGAACAGUUUGGACUUUUGGUCGGAAGGCUACAAUUGAACUAACACAUAAUUGGGGCACUGAAAGUGAUCCUGAGUUCAAGUAUCACAAUGGAAAUACAGAACCUCGUGGCUUUGGACAUAUUGGUGUCACUGUUGAUGACACAAUCAAGGCAUGCGAGAGAUUUGAACGCCUAGGGGUGGAGUUUGUGAAAAAACCUGAUGAUGGAAAAAUGAAAGGGAUAGCAUUCAUUAAGGAUCCUGAUGGCUAUUGGAUUGAAAUCUUUGAUCUCAAGACAAUUGGAAAAGCAACUGAGACUGGGGCUUGA